GUGAAUCAGUGAUCGUAGGCUAGCUAUAAACAAAGAAUUUCUUCUGAAACUUUAUAUUUACUUUUCACGUAAUGUUAUGCGGUAGCAUGACUGCAAAGAUUAGUAUUACGUAUGUUAAGUCCUUUAACAUAAAAUACAAUGUGAUUAGAAACACGAUCGAAAAUAUAGAUAAAUACAGUAUCGAAGCGACGUUGUCUGGCUUACGACUGAUUAUUACCGAUUAUUUCUUUCACUCUUUUUCGACUUACAUACUCGACGCGUCGUUGGACCGGAUACCGUGAUAUUUGAUGUUUAGAUCGGCGAUUAGAAUGGCUCUAGUAAUGUUACCCUGUGACUUACCAUGGUGGCCUGCCGUCGUAAAGCAACUGGACCGGGCGGCUGCUGCCAGGAAUUCCGAAGAUCUCGUGGAAGCGAUGCAAAGACUACACGAUAUGUGCAAAUACGAGGAACAGUGCAUACUGAAAAGCAUAAGUCUUGAUCCUGAAGAGGACGUACAGGAUCCUGAAUUAUUUUCCGGAUUGGCGACAUUUCUUGAUACCGAUCUCGAUUUCACCGAACGGGAUCAAAUCUUUAUAAAUACGAUACCACGAAUAGUAGAAAGAGCGAAAGCUCUAAGAUCUUGUAAACCUCCGCAAGGUUUACACUUUAGUCUUCAGCAGCAAGGAGAUUGCGUGGAGUACAGUUAUGCCUUCAUUUCAUCUUUAAUCGCGAACGCGUUCUUCUCCACAUACCCAAAAAGAACCGCAAAGACGCACCCAACUUUACGGGACUUCAAUUUCACAAAUUUCUUCAAACAUCUUCAUAAUAACGGGCAAAAAGCAAAACUGAGAAGCAUAUUUCGCUACUACGACUACCUUGAUACUGAAAACGCUUUAGAUGGAAAAUUAAUAAUUUCUAGACAGGUAAUGAUAUCAAAACAGUGGUUAACUAUUGAGGACUGGUUAGAGAGCACUGUUCCUUUAUGUCCGCUGAUGAUACGCCACGAGGGUCGUUUAGACAGAGUGGAACCAGAAGCUAAAGUACUGCGAGUUUGCUUUGCGAGUGCGAAAUUUGGUGGCGGUGUACUUGAUGGUGAUGUUACGCAAGAAACCGUACAUAUAGCAACGCAUCCCGAAAUGCUCGUGGCAAUAUUGUCUGUCGAGGGUUUAGAAGACAACGAAGUUUUAAUAGUCGAAGGAGUUAGGCAUUUAUCUAGAAUAAAUGAUCCUCGCAACAGAGCCAUAUUUGAAGCUCUGCCAAAACCAAAUAUCGUAACGGUAUGCUGUAUCGAUCCUGAAGAUUAUUCACGAUUACCUUUGUCACAAUUCGAAGAAGAUAAUAUAUUACGAGAAAUGAAUAAAUCUUUACUUGGAUUUCGACAAAGACAUAUUCCAAGUAGCCCAACUGAUCCUGUAAAGUCAGAAUCAGAUAUAGACGUUACAGUUGCAUCUCGGAGAUUAUCACCGAUCGGAGAAAGUUUUAGUAGCACUCCUCCAGAAAUAGAAGGGGAUGAUAAAAUAUUAUCAACAAAUAACGAUAAAUCUGUGUUAUGUGAACACAAGUAUGAUAUUUUCACAGAAGUUCGUAGCAAACCAAAUGGUAAAUCCAUAAGAUCACCUAGUCCCCAUAAAGUGUACAAUGAUACUAGUUAUACAAACAAAAGAAAUCGGUUUAUCGUUCUUGGAUCCAGCGGCGAAGUUUUGCCAGUUACACGAAAGUCACUUGGCCAAAUGUCGGUUUACAGUAGUUGUAAUAGUCAAAGUACAGACAGCUUCCAUAGCGCGAAAGAUACUAUAGAUGAAGAUUUGGAGGAAGAAGAACAGAAAUUAAGUAAACGCUACAGCACUCAAUUGGAUACCCCAGAACGAAGAGGAACUUUCGCUCAACGAUUAAGAGACGCAUUAAAACGAGAAACUACAGCUACUGGAGCUGCUUCGUUGAAUACUUCGUUUGGAGAGAGUAGCUAUGCAGUAGGAAUAAGCGUAUCUGGAAGUCACGUUUGCGAUCAAGAUAUUAAAGUAAAAAGAGGAGGUUCAAGGGGUUUUGUUUUACGAGAUGAAACGGUGGAUGAAGAUUUUUUGAAGGAAUCUUUGGAAGCUGAACAAAAAUGGUUAGGUAGAUUUCGGCAAAAUCAACCUAUGCUACAAAGAAGAGACACAAGUGCAAGUAGUAGGUACAGUUUCAGCACUGAAUACAAUUCUGAUUUUUGUUCGGAACUCGAAGAAGUUUACGAACAACUGGCGAAGUGGUUAGAAGACCCUAUAACAGCAGAUGAGUCUCGUGAAUUAGACGCGAGAGAUAGAGCAGUAGUUCAAUUCGCAGGCUCAUUAUUAAAAAGAGCUCUUAGUGAAUCGUUUGCUGGUGUUCCAGUUCAAGAGGGCGAGCCGCAACCUUUCAUUGAUUCUACCGACGUAAAUCAAAGCCAUAAAUUAGCUUUGGCUGUGAGAAGUUUGAGUUUAGAGCUAGCCCGUCAAAAAAAUAGGAGGCAACAAUCAGUGUCUGUGUCUGAAGAUGUAGAAUAUUCUGAAGAUGCUUUAAGUAAUCAUACUAUGUCAAAAGAGGUAAAGGAUAUUCAACGUAAAAAGCUUAGAACGGUAACAUUUACAUCUGAAGUUUUUCAAACUUUGGUUGAUGACGAAACUACCGUGUAUCUAUCUAAUCCUGUUUCUUUAAGUACAUCUGGAUCUGUGAAAGGGAUAAACACAGCACAAUCUUUCAAUAUCAGAAAUGACAAAAUUGCGCAACAAUUUGAAUCGAGUAUAACAUGUAACAUACCAAGAGAUGGUAGUCCACAAACAGGUGGAUUAUUACCUGUUGCUACGGGCAACUGGGGUUGUGGAUCCCGUUUAAGGGGUGACCCACAAUUGAAGCUUGUUAUUCAAUGGCUUGCUGCUUCCUUGGCAGGAGUACCAAAAUUAAUAUAUUAUACUACAGGAAAUCCCAGUUUGUCUAAGUUAGAUACUGUGAGUAGAGUUCUUAUGGACAGACAUUGGUCAGUCGGCGAUUUAGCCGCAGCAACAUUAAGAUUUGCGUUACACAUUAUUGAUGAAAGAACAGAAGGAAGAAAUACUCUUUUUGAGGAGAUAAUUGGUAUGGAUAAACCAAGUCCUUAGCCCGAUUUAAUGCUGUCUGUUUUGGUAGACAUACUUGCUACCAUGAUCGAAGACAGCUUAUUAAAUACUUGAAGGUAAUAUCAAAACAGUACAACAAACGAGUGUGUGUCUUUUGCAAUUCGUGAAAGUAAAACUUCAGAAAUUAUUUGUGAGAUAUCUCGCAAUCAAAAGAAUUUUAGUUUUUUAACAUUUGUAUGAAUCAGAAAGAAACAUGAAUUUUCGUGGUUAAAAUGUUUCAUAUCAAUACAAUAUCAAACAAAUUCGCACAACUUAAUGUACAAAAAUAACAGUUGUAAAUUCUGUACUUUUUAGAGAAUAUAUUAUAUAUUGUACAGGUAACAUCAAAUAUCGUUAGUGCAAUAUAAAUUAAAUAUUAUAAGUAACUAACACAGUUAUUUGAUGAAAUCGUGAACAGACAUUUGUCCUAAUUCAAUAGAGAUCUAGUCAUAUGAAAAAGAAGUCAAUUCUGUUUUAUGUUAACAUAAAGUAUGUAACUGGAUAACAGUUACCUGCAAUAAUUAACGAGGCACAAUUUAUUAUACUAUAUAUUUUGUACAGUAUAAUAUUUAUAAGUCGUUAUAUAAUGUCAAGUAAAGAUAUAUGUAAUAAUCAUAUAGAUUUUUAGAUAAAGACUUCUAGUCGUAUUUUAUAGGCCGCUUUUUUAUAUUGAAUAGAAUUUAUACGAAAUAAAUUACAUUAACGAUACAAAUUGAGUAUAUAAGGAGAGAGUAAUGUGGCCUCUGAGAACAUAAAUCACGUAUAUAUAUAAACUUAUGUACGUACGUAUGUAUGUAUGUAUGUAUGUAUGUAUGUAUGUAUAUAUAUAUACUACGAGAUGUCUUCCACUACUACAAAAAAAUGAAAACAAGAAAGGAAAAAGCGCGCAACUAUAUCUGUAUCAACCAUUUGUACAUUCUCGAUGUACGUUUUGUUUUAAAUAAUAUCAUGUAGAAUGUGUUUCAAAAUUCUUUGUAUGUAUAUUGUAUAUUAAAAAAGAAGUACGAAGCAUGUAUUAAAAAAUUUAUAUUACGAAAGUAACAUAGAA